GGCGGCGAAGGGGAGCGCGAACAACAACAACACGAGGGGGGGGGGGGGGAGUCGGUGACGCGGGUCCGCGGAUCGCGGAGUCGACCCGCGGAUCGCGGAGUCGACCCGCGGAUCGCGGAGUCGACCCGCGGAUCGCGGAGUCGACCCGCGGAUCGCGGAGUCGAUCCGCGACGAUUCCGCGGAUCGCGACGUCGCAGGCCGUCUCCAUGGCGACGAGCGGCGUCCCGGCCUAACAGAGACACCGCGUCCCCGUGUCUCUGUCCCCGUGUCUCUGUCCACGUGUCUCUGUGUCUCUGUCCCCGUGUCUCUGUGUCUCUGUCCACGUGUCUCUGUGUCUCUGUCCCCGUGUCUCUGUCCCCGUGUUUCCGUGUAUCUGCCCGCGUGUCUCUGUCCCCUUGUAUCUGUCCCCGUGUCUCUGUCCCCGUGUCUCUGUGUCUCUGUCCCCGUGUCUCUGUGUCUCUGUCGCCGUGUCCCCGUGUCUCUGUCCCCGUGUCUCUGUGUCUCUGUCCCCGUGUCUCUGUCCCCGUGUCUCUGUCCUAGUGUCUGUCCCCGUGUCUCCGUGUCCCCGCCUCUGCGCGUCUCCGCGUCGCGGCGCCGUCGCCUCUCGCCGCACGGGCAGGCCGAGGGGUCUCUCGCCAUGGCGAGCGGGGACCCGGGGGCCGAGGGGGCCGUGGGGGACCCGGAGGCCGUGGGGGCCCCGGGGGCCCCGGGGCAGGCUCCGGCUCCCCGCGCCCGCGACUCCCGCCUGAGCCUCGACCUGAGCCGGCGCGGCCUCGACUCCGUCCCCGCGGCGGCGCUGCGAGACGCCAGCGGCCUCCAGCACGUGUGCCUGGAAGGCAACAAUCUAGUGGAGGUGCCACCUGCUCUGUUUGAAUGCCUGCCACGCAUGCUGUGGCUUGACCUGCGCAGUAAUCGUCUCUGUGGUCUCCCGCCCGCUGUGGGGCAGCACAGGUCUCUGAAAACAUUGUUGUUGGAAGGAAAUCCAAUCACACAUUUACCAGCAGAGCUUGGCAGACUGACGUGCCUCAAGUCACUGAGCCUGCGAGGCUGCCCUCUGGAGGAGCCCCCAGCUGACAUCGUGCACCGCGGUACCCGCGCCAUCCUCCUCUUUCUCAGACAAGUGCUCGCCGCUCGGGCUCUACGGGCCAAUUCGCACAGCUGCACAGAAUCUACAGUGGGCAAUACUGAACUGUCUUGUGUAGAGGAGAGCCCAAAUGAAGAGCUGCAUUGCCAAAAUUCUCAACAGCUGCAAAGUGAAACAGCAGCGGUCGCGAUUCCAGAGACGGAUGACCGCCCUUUAGUAUCUCAACUCCCUCAUGCCUCCAGGUUCACACAGGGUGGUGGACCUCACUCGUCUCGAGACAGGAAGGUGGCAUCAGGCGUCAAAUCCCAGCCCCGCAGCUGGGCCGUGGACAUUGCGAGGCGUGAGCAGCGCAGCAGGGCAGCAGAGCAAGCCGAGCAGCUCAGGAGAAAUGGGGAGGCCCUGCGGGAUUGGCGCACGAAGGCCAAGCAAGAGCAGCGGCAAACGCAGAGUGAGAGAUGCGGCCAGGGCCUGGAAGCGAGCGUCCUUGACCAGGUGGUGAGGAAUGCGCCGUUCGGCACAGAUCCAGCUUACUAUCCCAGUGUGGCUCGAGCAAAGCCCGGCUCCCUUGGGAAGGCCGAGCCGCGAGCCGCCACUCACAGUGGGCAAGAACUGCACGGAGCCAGGUUGGCACGGGAGCGCGAGCUGCAAUUGCGCGUGCGGCAGCACAUCAACGCGAUGUUGGAGCGACGGGCGCAAGACAAAAGCACACCCCGCAGCACAAUGCAGGCAGCCCAGAGGGAGAUACAAGUGGCCCAGCAAUUGCAGCGGGAGCUGUCGGGGCAGGGCCGGCGGACGCCGCUGGAUUACCGCUUCACGGCCUUCACCGGAGACCCUGUCCGCGACCACGCGGCGCGCGGCCCCCUGCGCAGGACCUCCUCUCCUGCCACCGCACACAAGGCCCAUCUGGCGUGAAGGAUUCCACCCACUCGAGGUCAAGCUCAAAAGGCCAAUGCUAAUUAUGCUACCACACCUCACCAUCAAUUUAGUGUCCCGUAAUGGUUGCAAUGUCAGCUUGGGUUAUAGGGUUACCUAACUUGGUGAAUUCUUGCUACAAGGAAUAACAAUAUCACAAGUUAUAAAAGCCUACGACUUUCCAUAAGAUGUGAGACUUGCAAUACAACUUGCUGUGCAGUACCUACAAGCAGAAGCUGUGAAGAGAAAACGUCGAGACCGGGGUUGGUGAACCACAGACCAGUUUAUUGUUGAGAGCAAAUCAAGGAGAAAUACAAGACUUGACAAAAUAGCAUUUCGUCCAUAUGAGAGUUGCAUUUAAAUUAGAACUCGAAAUACAAAUCUCAUGAAAAUUAGUCUCCCCAAACCA